GCGACGGCCGCUGCCGCGGCGCGGUCGGUCCCCGCCGGGACAAGAGCUCGAGCCCGAAGCGGGCAGCAGCGGCGCUAUCGUAAAAAGUCGCAAUCAAAGCGAGGAGCCACCGCGCGGAUUAGCAGCCCCGGCUGCGCUCGGCUGCCGGUCCCCUCUCCCGCCGCCCCGGUGCUGCCGACAUUCCCGGGCGCCGGGGCCGCCGCCGGAGCUGCUCUAGGCGCGGCGCUACGGAGAAUCCGCCCUGCGAAGCUUUCGGGCGAAAACGGGCUGGGUUCAACUCCGUCCGAGCACGGGGCACGCGCGUCGGACACCCGAAAGACCGAUGCUCGCACCGAGCGGCCGCCCGGCGCCGCUGGCGGAGGGGCAGAAGCCGAAUUUGCAGCUGCGUUCGUGGCAUACGCUGAUUAUUUCUAAACGUUACGACCGGACGGGUUGAUAACUAUAUUGGAAAUAGCCGGCACGCGUGGGGCUCCCUCCGGCCGGGGCCGGGGCCGGGGCCGGGCGCGUCGCCCCCCUCCUGCAGCCGAGCAUCUGUCGCGGGGGGCCGCCGGCUGCGCCAGGAAUUCGGCCGCCCCCGCGAAGGGCGGCUCUCAGCUGCGCCGCCGCAGCUGUCGCCCGCCGCAGGGCAUUUAAAUUUUAAAGCCCGCUCGCUCCCGCUGCUCCGGGAGGCCUCCGCGGCGGCUCCGCGCUCCGCCGUGCCCGCCGCCCGGGAGCCGCUCGCCGCCCAUGGGGUCGCUCGUGGCCAAGCUGCUCCUGCCCACGCUCAGCAGCCUGGUCUUCCUCCCCGCCGUCAGCGUCGCGGCCAAGCGCCGCUUCCACAUGGAAGCCAUGGUCUACUUCUUCACCACCUUCUUCGUGGCGAUCUACCACGCGUGCGAUGGCCCUGGCUUGUCAGUGCUGUGUUUCAUGCGCUACGACAUCCUGGAGUAUUUCAGCAUCUACGGGACGGCCCUGUCCAUGUGGGUGUCGCUGAUGGCACUGGCAGAGUUUGAUGAGCCGAAGAGAUCCACCUUCAUCAUGUUUGGUGUGCUCACCAUAGCAGUGAGGAUCUACCAUGACCGCCGGGGCUACGGAGUCUACUCAGGACCCAUUGGGACAGCCGUCCUCGUGAUAACCGUGAAAUGGCUCCAAAAGAUGAAAGAGAAGAAAGGUCUAUAUCCAGACAAGAGUGUCUACACACAACAGAUUGGUCCUGGCUUCUGCUUUGGGGCAUUAGCACUGAUGCUGAGGUUCUUUUUCGAGGAGUGGGAUUACACCUACGUGCACAGCUUCUACCACUGUGCCUUGGCCAUGUCCUUCGUCCUGCUGCUGCCCAAGGAGAACAAGAAGGCCGGGAGCGCCGGGAGCCCCGCGCGGCUUGACUGCUCCACGCUCUGCUGCUGCGUCUGAGGUGCCCUGGGCAGCCAGGGGCAUCUACACUCAUCCCAGCCCGCUCUGGGCUUUUUUUUAAAAAAAAAAAAAUGGAAAGACCUCAUCUCUCCACCAUCAGCCCAAGCAGAGGCCACGCUUCGAGUUUGCUGCUUCUCCAAGUAGAAGCAUGUGUUUGUCAUGGAGAAUUCGUGGCUGGAAAAACGAUCCUCUCCCUGGCUCAGAAGCACAUGCAAGAGACCUUCACAUGUCUCCUUGUGCUCUCUGGGCUACACAGCCACUUGGGUGGCCCCUUUUUGCUGGCCCGUAAGGACCUGUGUUGUCCCUUGCGUGCACAUUUGCAAGCUGGAGCACGCAAGGCUGUGUUUGUGAUGCUGAAUUAACAGAACCUGUAUUUUUGUGAGGACAUUUACUAUUUUAUUUAUGUAUGCUCCUGGUGUAAAUAAUACGUAUUAACAAAGA